AUGUUUGAAUAUAGUAGAAGGAACUAUGAUCCUCAAUUCAAGCCAGUGAAAAACAUUUAUGCAAGUAGAUUAAGACAAUUCAUUAACAGAGGUGGUGAUUUCCCUGACCUAAAUUUACCAAAAUUUUAUGAUAUUGACCGUAUAUCUCUAGAUCAGAAACAUGUCAAAGUUUGGUGGUAUCAAGUGGACUUCCAAAAGAGUUCAUCUCCUGUUUCUCCGGACAAAAGACCCAGUUGGAAAAGUAUUAUAGAUGCCGAUAAAGAAGGUAAACUUGAAUUUAAAGUAGCAAGUAGAGGUCAACCAUUUGGACCCAGCUGGUCUACCACGUGGUUUAAAGUACAACUUGAGAUUCCAAGUGAUUGGUUAGAAUCAAAACAACAAUUAAUCUUUGAGUGGAAUUGUAAUAAUGAGGGUGUAGUCAUUGAUCCAGAGACUUUACUACCUGCUACUGCAUUCUCUGGGGGUGAGAGAACUGAGUAUCUUUUACCAUUUAACAAAACUGGGAAAUACUUCUUUUAUAUUGAAGCAGGCAACAAUGGUAUGUUUGGAUGUGGUGAAGGUUCUGAUAUUAAUCCUCCUGAUGAUAAUAGAUACUUCCAUUUGGACAAAGCCGACAUCGUUUUUCCAGAUUGGGAAGCAAGAGGUUUAUAUAUCGAUUACUGGAUGUUAACUGAUGCCUCAAGGGAACUUCCUGAUGAUACAUGGCAAAAACAAAGAGCAAGACAAAUUGCAAGUCAGGUCAUGGACAUUUUUGAUUGCAAUGAUAGGUCCAGUGUUGUGGCUUGCCGUAAGUUCUUACAAAAAGAAUAUUUUGAUGAGUUUUCCACUUCAGAAGAAGUAUAUUCCAAAGGGGACAUAAAACAAAUUAAUACAGUUUACGGUAUGGGUAAUUGUCAUAUUGAUACUGCUUGGUUAUGGCCAUUUGCUGAGACAAGAAGAAAAAUAAUAAGAUCAUGGGCAUCACAAUGUACAUUAAUGGAUGAAUAUCCAGAAUACCAAUUUGUUGCAUCGCAAGCUCAGCAGUUUAAAUGGUUGCUUGAGGAUCAUCCUGGUUUUUUUAAUAAAGUCUUAAUCCCUAAGAUUCAACAAUUCCAAUUCUUCCCUGUUGGUGGUUCUUGGGUUGAAAAUGAUACGAAUAUACCAUCAGGAGAAUCUCUUGCAAGACAAUUUUUCUUUGGUCAAAGAUUCUAUCUGAAACAUUUUGGCUCUAAAUCAGAUAUCUUUUGGUUACCUGACACCUUUGGUUAUUCUUCUCAAAUCCCACAGUUAUGUAGACUUUCUGGUAUUGAUAAAUUUUUAACCCAAAAAUUGUCAUGGAACAAUAUAAAUAACUUCCCACACUCAACUUUUAACUGGGUUGGCUUAGAUGGCUCUCAAUUGCUUGCACAUAUGCCUCCUGGAAAUACGUACACUGCAGAUGCCCAUUUUGGUGAUGUGUUAAGAACUGCUAAACAGAAUAAGUCCAAUGAAUUUUAUGAGUCUGGUUUGAUGUUAUACGGUAAAGGUGAUGGUGGUGGCGGUCCAACACGUGAAAUGCUAGAAAAGAUGAGAAGAAUCAGAUCUAUGUCCAAUCGCAAUGGCAAUGUUAUCCCAAAAUUGCAGGUUGGUACCUCUAUUGAUGAAUUUUAUGCAAACAUUCUUGAGCGGACUAAUAAUGGUGAAAUUUUACCAACAUGGGAAGGUGAAUUAUACUUUGAAUUUCAUAGAGGUACUUAUACAACACAAUCAUACUUGAAGAAAUUAAUGAGAGCCGCUGAAAUAUCAAUUCAUGAUCUUGAAUGGCUUGCUACAAAGGUGUCUAUCCUCUAUCCCUCCAUAUAUAAAUAUCCAGUGAACAAAAUUAAUAGCUUAUGGGAGGAUAUAUUGUUAUGUCAAUUCCAUGAUGUUUUACCCGGCACCUGUAUUGAAAUGGUCUAUAAAUAUGAGGCCAUACCAAUGUUAAAAAGUGCGAUUAAUGAAUGUCAAAUUUUGAUUAAUGAAAUCACAUCAAUUUUAAAGGAGCAAAAUCCUCAAUCAACUCAUUGUGGAAGAGUUAGAACAUUAUCAUGGCAACCUAGCACCAAACUUGAUUCAGUUGACAACACCACUUUCAAUGUUACACUUACUGAAAGCAGCACAUUUUAUGUACUAAACAAUGGGAGAUUGCAUGUAUCCAUUAAUAAACAAAAGGGUGUUAUUACCGAUAUUUUGGAUCUAGUAACAGGAGUGCAGUAUAUAGAUCACAAAAAUGGAAGAAAUAAACUUGGUGCCAAUCAAUUUGUUCUAUUUGAUGAUAAACCAUUGAACUGGCAAGCAUGGGAUACUGAGUUAUAUUCAGUUAAUCAAUAUAAAUAUAUUAAUGAAAUUGAAGAUAUUAGAAUUAAUAAAAACUCUCCACAAGAGUGUUCUGUUGAAAUUAUAUUUAUAAUUACUAACGAUUGUAAAAUAAAGACUGAUAUCAGUCUAAAAGCAACUACUUCUCAAGAACUUUACACAAAUUUUGUAGAAAUUAAUACCACAGUUAUCAAUUGGAAUCUAAGGAACAAAUUCUUAAAAGUUGAAUUCCCCAUCAAUGUUAGAAAUGAAUUUGCAUCGUAUGAGACACAAUUCGGUAUAACAAGAAGACCAACCCAUUAUAACACAUCAUGGGAUGUAGCUAAAUUUGAAGUCUGCCAUCAUAAGUUUGCUGAUUAUUCGGAUUAUAGCAAGGGUGUUUCUAUCUUGAAUACUUGCAAAUAUGGGUUUUCCACACAUGGCAAUUUAAUGAGAUUAUCCCUGUUAAGAUCUGCCAGAGCUCCAGAUGUUCAUGCAGACAUGGGAACACAUCAAAUAAAAUAUGCAAUUUAUCCACAUAUGGGGCUGUUAGGCUUUGAUACUGUAAGAGCAGCACAUGAAUUUAACUAUAAUGCAGUAUAUUCCUUGCCGGAGCAAAUAGCUUCUAGAAUUAAUAAUUUAAUCACUAUCCAUGGUGCUGAGAACAUUAUCUUAUCAAAUAUGAAAAGAAGUGAGGAUGAUGCUGAAUUAGUUUCCAACUACUCAUUAGAAAAGAAAUCAGGUAAAAGUAUUGUGGUCCGUGUCUAUGAAUCAUUAGGUGGGGAAGCAUUUGGUGAAUUAAGAACCCCACUAAAGAUAAAAGAAGUUUGCAAAAUCGACAAUCUUGAAUUGAACACGAUUGAACAAGUUAUGACUGAAUCAAGGCAAUCUUUAAACUGUAUUCCACUACACUUAAAACCAUUUGAAAUAGCUUUAUUUAAAAUAGUCUUUGAUGCCUAA